AUGGCUACUAAGGAGCGCAUACCCGCUUGCCGCAUCCGGACAAGGUGUCUCAUCAUUUCAGACACGCAUGGAAUGCAGCUGCCAGUCGACAUACACACGCCUGUCGACGUAGCUAUUCACUGCGGCGAUCUGACGCAACAUUCAAGAUUGGACGAAUUUCAAUCCGCCAUCGAGCUUAUUGAGAAAUUAAAUGCCCCUCUAAAGAUUGUUAUUGCUGGGAAUCACGAUUUCUCGCUAGACAUACCUGUUUUUAAACAAAAGAUCUUGGAAGCAAACAGACUUUCACUGGAACCUCUGGAUAACGUGACCAUAAGAAAGGAAUAUGGCGACUACGGCACAGCCCGACAGAUGCUGCAGGAGUCUAGAAAAAAAGGUAUCAUCUUCGUUGACGAAGGUUCGCAUCGGUUUUCCCUUCAAAAUGGUGCUCUUUUGAGUAUCUAUGCAAGCCCAUAUACGCCAUCAACAGCAUCAUCCUCCGGCUGGGGCUUUCAAUACAGCGGCAUCCACAAUUUUGAAAUCGAAAACGGGAUCGACAUUGUUGUUACCCAUGCUCAACCACGAAUUCACUGCUUCGGACAUGCUCAUGAUGGAUGGGGCGCAAAGAUGGUAGCUUGGAGACCUCAAAUAUCCGACAUGCCGUCCCACUUCACCGAUAUAGACAACGAUAAGUCCUAUGUCAUCGAGAAUAUGAUCAGCCUAAAUGGAUCCAAAUUCGAAUCAGCGGAAGAGAUGAAGGCAAGAGAAGAUAGGAUGAACGGCUGUAAAGAGCGCGGAUACUGUGAACAAGAAUGGACUGACUAUAACACGCUCGGAAUGACCUUGUUUGUCAAUGCUGCUGUGUCUGGCAAUAAUGGCUCAAAUCAAUUACCGUGGGUUGUGGAUAUUGAAUUGCCACUCAAUAGUUGA